AAAAUUAUCACAAAAUUUACUUGAAAUAUUAAAUGAUGAAUAAUAUUAUGAUAUUAUUAUUGAAAUUGGUAUGGUUAUUUUUACAUUAUCGAUCUCCUUACUUGCGUAGAAUUUUGUCAACUAAUGAAAAGAAAAAUGAUGGAACUUUGGCACAUAUCAAAUUAUCAAAUAUUUCAUCAAAUAAUUUUAAGGUAUAUUUAUGGUGGAAACUCUCUUUAAUUGAUUAUGAUAAUUCGGAUGUAAUUAAGGUCCUAGUUGCCGCUAGUGAACUUAGUCUUCAUGAAUUAAGCCAAUUAAGAUAUUCAAAUCACCAAAUUUCUCUUCAAUUUCCAGAAAAACUUUUGAUCUCAAUUAUUCAAAAUGAUAAUCUUCAAAUAAGUGAAAUUCAUUUCGAUGUAAAAGAAUGUGAAGUAUUUCAAAUUGAUAGUCAUUGAAUUUACUUCUCAAUCAUUCUUACUCUUUGAAAAACAUUUAUGAAGAACAUAAAAGGGUUGAAUUCGCUACUUGCUAUAGUCUUUGGCAUGUAAGUUGGGGAGUUAGUUUUAUAUUUUUUUUUAUCUUUGUUAUAAAUUAAUACAUAU